AUGGCUAAGGUCCUGAAGGUGGGGAUAGUGGGAGCGGGCAUCAGCGGGCUGGCGGCGGCGAAGGAGCUGGCUCAGUAUGACCCCGUGGUCUUCGAGGCGACGGACUCCAUCGGCGGCGUGUGGCGGCACUGCUCAUUCAGGACUACGAAGCUGCAGACUCCGCGCAUGGACUACGAGUUCUCCGACUUCCCCUGGGAGGACCGCAGCCAGUCCUUCCCCACCCACGCCGAGAUCGUGGAAUACCUCCAUGGCUACGCGACUCACUUCGACCUGUGGCGCCACAUCCGCCUCAACUCCAAGGUGGUGGAGCUCCGCUUCCUCGGCGGCCGUGAGGCCUCCUCCGCCGACCUCUGGGGCUCCGGCGGGAAGCCCCUCCCCGGCCAGCCCAUGUGGGAGGUCGGCGUCUGCACCGGCCAGUCGGCGACCGUGGAGGUAAAAUCUCCGUCCAUCCAUGCAUCCAUCGAUCUACCGAUCUCCUUCCCUCCUACACCCCCCGCCGAUCGAUAUAUCCUCCGGCCAUGGGCGCUGAGCAAUCUCCGUCUUCCUCCUCCUUGCAGUGGUACAGGUUCGAGUUUUUGGUGAUGUGCAUCGGCAAGUACGGCGACGUGCCAAAGAUGCCCUCCUAUCCUUACAAGGGAGGCCCCGAUGUAUUCCAGGGGAAGGUCAUGCACACCCUGGACUACUGCAAGCUCGACGAGGAGGCCACCAAAGGGCUGAUGAGGGGGAAGAAGGUCGUCAUUGUCGGCUACAAGAAGUCCGCCAUCGACAUGGCCGUGGAAUGCGCUGAGGCCAAUCAAGGUACAGACGACAGGAAACAACGCCGGCCGUACGAAUGAAUAUAAGGGCUCCAUGAAACACGAAUAGGGUUACAGAGUUCUGUCUGUUUGUCUGUGCAGGGGAGGACGGGCAACCAUGCACGAUGGUGAUCAGAACCCUGCACUGGACGGUGCCCCACUACUCCAUCUGGGGGCUCCCCUUCUUCCUCUUCUUCUCCACGAGGUCGUCCCAGUUCCUCCACGAGCGACCCAAUCAGGGAAUGAUGAGGUCUCUCGUCUGCAGACUCGCCUCUCCGCUGGUAAGACCCGCUACCGUCGCCCCUCUCAGUUUUCUUGAGUUCCUGGUCGUCACGGCGGCUUCCCUCUGGUUGCAGCGGUCGGGGAUGUCCAGGUUCAUCGAGUCUUACCUGAAGUGGAAGCUCCCGCUGGAGAAGUACGGGCUGGUGCCAGACCAUCCCUUCGUGGAGGACUACGCCUCCUGCCAGAUGGCGAUCCUGCCGGAGACCUUCUUCUCGGAGGCCGACGAGGGGCGGAUCAAGUUCCGCAAGUCCUCCAAGUGGUGGUUCUGGGAGAAGGGGGUGGUGCUGGACGACGGCACGCGGCUGGAGGCCGACGUCGUGCUCCUCGCCACCGGCUACGACGGCAAGAAGAAGCUCCGCUCGGUGUUGCCAGAGCCCUUCCGCGGCCUGCUGGAGGACUCCAACGGCGUCAUCCCUCUCUACCGGUGAGGACUCCGGCGGAGCGCCGUCUUCUUCUUCGUCGUCCUCUUCCUCCUGCUUCGUUAAUGAUCUCGGGGAUGCUCGAUUCCAGGGGGACGAUCCACCCUCUGAUACCGCGGAUGGCCUUCAUCGGGUACAUCGAGAGCGUCUCCAACCUCCACACGUCGGAGCUGCGGUGCAAGUGGCUGUCGCGGCUGCUCGACGGCCACUUUAAGCUCCCGAGCGCGGAGCGGAUGUUCCGACAGACGGCGGAAGAGACGGAGAUCAUGAAGAGGACCACCAGGUUCUACAAGCGGCACUGCAUCUCCACCUUCAGCAUCAACCACAGCGACGAGAUGUGCGAGGAGAUGGGCUGGGAGAGCUGGAGGAAGCCCAGCUGGUUCUCCGAAGCCUUCAGCCCCUACGGCAGCCAGGAUUACACUGAAGAAGCAGCAACAGGAGCAGAAGAGCAGGAGGAGGAGGAGAAGAUGGCCGCCGUGAACUGA